AUGCCGCCAACAGAUCAGCCUACAGAAGAGCACGGGUCGAUAUCCACGGCUUUCAACACGGAACAACCACCUCAAGUUGGGAUCAAACUCAGUGCACAGGGAGUAUUGGCAGCCACUGUAGCCUUUGCGACUGGAGUUGGCCUCGGAUUUUCCCACGGCAGCACAAAAGCGGCGUUUCGAUUUCGUGCUGAAAAUGCCCACCGUUUCCCGACGGACUCCGCUGGGUGGUAUCAGUAUCACAAGAGCAAGAACUAUACCUCCAUGCUUGGGGGAUUGAAGGAUGGAAUGAAACUCGGAACAAAAUUGAGUGUGGGGGUGCUGGGGUUUUGCUUCCUGGAAGAAAUCGUCAAUCAAGCCCGUCACGGCCCUAGGGAUUUCUUUUCCACUGUGACCGCGGGCUUGACCUUUUCUGGAAUUUACAGCCUAUUUGCUCGUCACGAUGUGUAUACCGCUGCAAGAACGGCAAAGCUCGGACUGAAAUUGAGUCUUGCCUACGGGUUGGCCCAGGACGCCCUAGCAGUAGCAAAGGGGAACAAACCAAGAUAUAUUACCUGGGUAACGAGUAAAUUUCGCGGAGAUGACCAAUGA